AUGGAUGACGAUUCUCAACAAUUUUCUUUAAGAUGGCAUAACCACCAGAUGAGCAUUAUCGGUGCUCUCGGACGUAUGUUAGAGUCAGGUGCUCUGAGUGACGUCACGCUCAGUGCAAAUGGAGUAUCCCUGAAGGCCCACAGACUAGUAUUAGCUGCAUGCAGUCAAUACUUCGAACAGAUUUUCAAGGAUGUAGAGGACAACACUGUUGUCGUCAUCUUGGACUGUGAUGCUUCAGACUUGCGUCAACUUCUUACAUUUAUGUACACUGGUGAAGUGACAGCGGCGAGAAAGAAUUUGCCUUCGCUAUUGCGACUGGCGCAGUCCUUACAAGUGUCCGGACUUACUGAUGCGAAUUAUGACUCCACUGCUCUACCGCGUGAAAAUGAACCUCUUAAAGAAGUACCGAACGAUGCUCCCAUUAACUUAGAUGUUUCAAACAAAGAAGAUACAGAGAAAUUAUUUGAUAAAGAGCUGUCGGAAAUUACAAGAAAUGAUAAGCUGAGUAAAUUAGACCAAAUAGUUCAAAAUCUGUAUACUUCACAUAAAAUUGGUAAUAUGACGACGCCAAUGUUAUCACAGCCUGUGCUCCAGAGCUUAACGGAACCAUCAAUAUCCCAAAUGGAAUACGAAAAGAAAUGGCGUGGUGGAUCAAUAUGUACAAUAUGCAACAAGCGUCUUAGUAAUCAAUACAACCUGCGCGUGCACAUGGAAACACAUGCUGGAAGACGUCACGCAUGUCGCGCGUGUUCGCAUGUCUCUCGAUCACGUGACGCAUUAAGAAAACACGUUGCGUAUAGGCAUGCACAUUCGAAUAAAAACUCACUUUGA